UUUUGCAUUAAGUCCGCUCAAAGGUAUAUGAUGGCGUUCAUGAUAAAAAAAUAAUAGAUUAGCCCAUCUCUAGCUUUUAACUCUCGGCUAGCUGUCAUUUAUUCUGUCAGUGUCAGAUGUCAUAUUGCACAAUUUCGAGAAUCGAAGAUACCGCAUGUCGGCAUUUUAAUUUUUAGCUGAAACUACAAUAGUUUUUCAACAAAAUGGUACAAAGCAAACUAAAUGAUCUAGCUGGAAAAUUCAGUAAAGGUGGUGGCCCACCAGGACUAGGAAUUGGGCUGAAAUUGUUGGCUGUGGGAGGCGCCGCCGCCUAUGGGGUAUCACAGUCCAUGUAUACAGUUGAAGGUGGUCACAGAGCUAUCAUGUUCAACAGAAUAGGAGGUGUGCAAAAAGAAAUAUACACAGAGGGUUUGCAUUUCAGAAUUCCAUGGUUCCAAUAUCCCAUCAUAUAUGAUAUAAGGUCUCGACCUAAAAAAAUAUCUUCACCAACUGGUUCCAAAGAUCUACAGAUGGUAAACAUUUCCCUCAGAGUUUUGUCACGGCCUAAUGCCUCUCAGCUACCUAUAAUCUAUCGUCAACUGGGUUUAGAUUAUGAUGAGAAAGUUCUUCCCUCAAUUUGCAAUGAGGUACUCAAGUCAGUUGUUGCCAAAUUUAAUGCUGCACAGCUUAUCACUCAAAGACAACAGGUUUCUUUGCUAGUGAGGAGAGAGUUAGUAGAGAGAGCUCAAGACUUUAACAUAAUCUUAGAUGAUGUCUCUAUAACUGACUUAUCAUUUGGCAAAGACUAUACUGCAGCUGUAGAGGCAAAACAGGUAGCCCAACAAGAAGCCCAACGGGCUGCAUUUGUGGUUGAAAGAGCUAAACAAGAGAAGCAACAGAAGAUUGUACAAGCCGAGGGUGAAGCAGAAGCAGCUAAAAUGUUAGGAGAGGCCAUUGGACGUAAUCCUGGAUACUUGAAACUAAGGAAAAUCAGAGCUGCACAGAAUAUUUCUAGAACAAUUGCCAAUUCACAAAACAAAGUAUACCUCAGUGGAAACAGCCUUAUGUUGAACAUCUCUGACAAGGAAUUCGAUGAUCAAUCAGAGAAGUUAAAAAGUAAGCAUUAAAUGUCACUUCAUGAGGAAUUGUUCCUGAACGCCGAAUUUUCAUAAAAUAGGAGCAAUUUUCAUGUAAUUUUCAUAAAAUGGAUAAUAAAGGCUCUGUAGUCGAAGUUAAUUCUUACCUUUACUUUUAUAUUUAGGGUUUUUUAUUGUUAUAUACUGGAUAUUUACGAUGUUACUUUAUGUAAAUAUUCCAAGGUUUAAUAAAAAUGAAGCCAAAAGCAA